AUGGCAAGAACAAGAACCGGCAAAUCCACGACGGCAAAGGAAAAGUCCUCGGCAUCAACAGCGUCAUCCUCCACAUCCAGAUAUAUACUCCCGACUUCUUCAGAGACACCGUCCAGAUUAUUCAUACUACCCAAAGAUGCGACUGCCGACGCUAGGAUAGUAGCACUACCAAACCCUCGAUAUGCAAAACCUACCCGUUAUCUCAUCUGCCCCAAAACGGGCAUAUACGAGUUUACCAGGAUCGCAGCCCCAAAGUCCUCCGGCCGAAGUUGGCUGAUAACUCAAGGGUACGCCAGCAGUACUGUUCUAGACGACGAGAAUGGCAAGCCGCGCAAAGCGUGCCUCCAGGCGGAGGUCAGCAAGGGUGCCGAGCUGUUUGUCGCAACCAAGAUCGACCCCGUCUUUCUUGUCCUGCCGGCCCUUGCCUUGCAGUCCAAGACCAACGACGCAGACAAGCGCAUGUUCCUCACCAGCGAAGAUCACAUAGACGCGCUGCCCGAGGAAGGCACCAACCUAUCGGAAAUCUUGCGGUGGAAGGGUGUGAGAGAAUUAUUGGAGAGUCGCAUGGCAUGUGUAUGCGAUACCGUCGAGGCCGGCGAUGAGACCAUGUUUCGUUUGAGCGAGAAGAAGCUACUCGAGAUGGUGCUCAACAAGGCCAAGCGUAUGACUUUGCCGAAGAGCAUGCACGACAAGUUCGUCAAGAAGGCCCUUGAGGCACCAGUUCUGGGCCAGAAAAGUUUGGCGCCCAAGGGUGCUGCUGCGCCAGCCGACGCGGCCCAGGAAGACUCUGACGGGGCCUCGACACCACAAACCGAGUCCAACGACUCGCAAUCCUCAGUCGCCACUACAGACAGCAUAGUAUCACAAGCCUCAACCGCUGCGACCUCAACAACUGGAGAUGAUGCGGAUGCUUCUGCUGCUCCCGAACAGGUGGUCGCUGCCAUCGAGGCGUCUGAGAAGGUGAUCAAAUUGCAAGAGCUGAGGGUGGCUUUCAACUUUGUAUGCUCUAGCUACCUCCCUCCGACAAUCACAACUGUAAUCAAAGACCUGCUCUCGGCAAAAUCCGGCACUUUUUCUCAAUUUGUCGACUUCAAGCCCCUGGACGAUUACCUUGCUCGUCUCACAAAGCUUCGACAAGAGGCUUUACUUACCAGGUCUGCCUCGGACUUUUCGCGAAAGCGCGCUCUGGAUGAGGAGCAGGAGGAGCGUAACGAGAAGAGAAGAAAGAUGGAAGAGGAGGACAAGCGCAAGAAGGCGAACGAGAGUAGGGGAGUCAAGCAGUUGAAGAAGGUCAAUGUCAGUGGCAUGAAGAAGCUGAGCGAGUUCUUCAAGAAAAAAUAA